GUUCAAGCCUAAACUAAUCCGAGCGAGCACAACAGCUACCGACGAGCUACAAACACGUCUGUGGUCAGAGAAGACGUCUCAUCCAGUCCGCCAGACACCGAAGACACAACAUGGCGACCACCGUCAGCACCCAGCGGGGACAGGUGUUCAUUGGGGAGCUUCCCCAGGAGUUCCUUCGGAUCACUCCGACACAGCAGCAACAGCAGGUCCAGCUUGACGCUCAGGCUGCCAGGCAGCUGCAGUUUGGAGGAUCAAUAGGCACCGUGGGGCGACUCAGCAUUACCGUGGUCCAGGCGAAGUUGGCAAAAAACUACGGUAUGACUCGGAUGGAUCCGUACUGUAGGGUCCGACUGGGCUACGCAGUCUAUGAAACACCAACUGCUCACAAUGGAGCCAAGAACCCACGCUGGAACAAGGUGAUCCAGUGCACGGUACCUCCUGGGGUGGACUCCUUCUACCUGGAGAUUUUUGAUGAGAGAGCGUUCUCCAUGGACGACAGGAUAGCAUGGACUCAUGUCACCAUCCCCGAAGGCCUGAGGGAGGGCAGUGUGGUGGAUGAGUGGUUUAGCCUCAGUGGCAGGCAGGGCGACGACAAGGAGGGCAUGAUCAACCUGGUGAUGUCCUUUGCUUCCUUACCAGCAGGGAUGAUGACCCAGCCGGUGGUCCUAAUGCCCUCUGUAUAUCAGCAAGGAGUAGGAUACGUGCCCAUUGCAGGUGUGCCUACAGUCUACAACCAGGGUAUGGUGCCCAUGGCGAUGCCAGCAGCUGUGCCAGCUGUUGGGGGCCAGGGGCCGGUGUGCAGCGAGGAGGACCAGAAGGCUCUGCAGGACAUGUUCCCCAACUUGGAUAAAGAGGUGGUUCGCACUGUGCUGGAAGCACAGCAGGGCAACAAGGAUGCUGCCAUCAACUCUCUGCUGCAGAUGGCUGAGGAGCUCUAACUGCAAAACACAAACUCACAGCUGACACACACACGCACACGCGCACACACACGCAUGCACACAGACAUAUUAAACAGUCUUUAUUCUGAGACUGUCCACUCUUUGCGCGCACACAGACUCAAAGCUCUUCCACAUAUACUGCAGCCAUAUCUGAGCUCCAAGGCAUCCUGUUCAUCCAGAGAUCUGUUUCCUCUCCCUUCAUUGACACUUGGCUUAAGAUUAUUUCAAUAGCAGAUAUAUUCUAGAAACUCAUGUCAGGGUGAUUGAGGUUCAUAUAUCCCAGUCUGUGUUCAUCCAGCUGAUCCCAGGGGUUUGAUUUGCACUGUUUGAGCUGUAGUUGGGCAAGUUCAGAGUCCAUCUUCUGUUUUAUGUUGACGUUGUUUUUAAAUUGUAUGUGUAGAAACAUUUCUGUUAUAGCCUGCAGUGAACUUUCACCAUUUCAUAUGUUGCUGUAAAGUGCAUUCAAAAUCUGCCGGAUUGUAGUGGAUGCAAUUAAAUUAUAUAGAAUCCUAUAUGUUGACGAGAGGGGGGGUAAGAAUGAACAAAUGAACUGAUGACAGGGUUGAGGUUUAGAACUGAAUGUCACAUCGCUCCGGGCCAUCUUUUACAAUGAUAACAAAUGAUUUGAUUAAACCCAUUUUCAAUCAGGUGAGUAGGGAUCUGAAGACUGUUAUAAAGUAAUAUCCUGUGGAGCAACUUUUUUUAAAUAAUGUCCCUGUUUUGAGGCUCAGCAGGAUGUUGUCUGUAGAGCAUUUUAGACUGAAACACAGUGACUUGGGAAUAGUGGACACCUGAAGACGGAUUUAGGGAGCUUGUUCAUGCUUCAUAGAUCGAUGUAAUGAAUUGCAUCUUCUAACAACGCAGGCAAGAGCUUUACAUGAUGGUCUUCUUGUUUUUAAAGCACAGUGUUUGUA